CGUGAUUGAUACCAUUAGAUAUUUUAUAGAUAGCUUCGACAGAUUCGUAUCUUCGUUCCACGAGAGCCAAGUAGACAUCAUGCGGCAAGCUUUUAGACUGGGCAUCGGCCCUGAGGAGAGACCACACACAGUGGGUUUCAUGUCCAAGAAGCAGAACAUUCAGAAACUGCAAAAGGAUCGCUAUACAAUGGUGGCGCAAUCCUUGCGAGCAGGGCAGCCACCACUGAAGACAAACGUCAGGAUAAGGGCGAAAGUACCCACAGGCUUCAUCUUCCACGAGCAACCUUUCCACCAAGAGAAUUGGCCUUUGGAGAAGGGUGAACGUAUCUCCACCUUCACGCAACGUGCUCGGUGCCAACGGAUAUAUCUUACCAAGAAUAGAUACGUGGGCUUGGGAAGGGCCACGAUAAGAAAGAAUUACGGGGUUUGCGUUUUGUUUGGAUGCAGGGUGCCAGUCAUUCUACGGAAGAUCGAGAGUUACUAUGUGUUCAUCGGCCCCACAUACCUCCAAGGGUGGAUGGACGGCAGGUCUUUGAUAUGUCUUAGGAUGACAAGCUCAAAGAGGUGGAACUUCGGAUCCGUUAGUAUGGGAUAGAUGAUUAGGUUUUCAUAUACUGGAAGUGAGAGCAUGCCCCGUCAAGCAAUGUGCUUCGGGUAAAGGCCAAGCAUAUUGAUCGCUAUAGCCGAGUGUGGAGUGCAGCAGUACUUAUGG